AUGACUCAGCUAGACAAGAGUGAGAAAAUGAUUGCAUAUUGUGUACAGAUGUUUGUGAAAUCUGUGGCUGAUGAAUUUAUUGGUGGCAUAGUGACAUGGGGCGCAUAUUUAGUGAUUUAUACGCUUAGAUCUAGAAAGUUUGCUCAAGCUAUGGAUGGUAAAUACGACUAUCAUGAGGCCUACUACCGAAUCAUCCAAGCCAUCCAAGAGCCAUUCGAUCAGACAUGGGCGGAUUCAUUACUUGAGUGGUGGAAUAUGUUUGUAUUUGGCGACAAGGCAGGUAUACCAGUCUUUGACGUUAGUGAUGAUGACAACGAGGAAGAAGAAGAUUUGAUCAGCAUGCAAAAACAGUUUGCAAGUUGUGAAGCGCGACUUAAGUCCGUAUCUUCAGACGCGCAAGGUAGUACCCUACCUUCCGAUCCUGGCUCUGAUACAUCUGUGAUCAAUAUGACUUCGACUCCUGCCACUACGCCGCCUCCCAUUGAAGAACCUGCACCUGUCCCAGCAAAAGCCAUCCCCAAGCCACGUCCUAUCAUACCAACUUCUCAGCAACAAGUGGUGACUCCGAAUGUGGAUGCUGAAGCUCCACCUCGCACCCUCCCUUUGGCACCCAUCCCAUCGGGUUCAGGCACUGGCGAUGCACUGCCUCACACCCUCCCUUUGGCUCCCAUCCCACCUGGCUCAGGCACUGGCACCCGAACAUCUAAGAAGCGUGGCAGGACUAAUGUGAUGGAGUCCGAUGAUGAGAGCUCACUGACAGAAAAUGAUUCAGAUGUCCCUGCCCCAUCGAUGCACACCAAGAAGGGCAAGGGCAAGGCUACCACCACCACCACCACCACCAACAGCAAGAGGAAAUGCAAGGGCCGGAAGUAG